CAGAGGUAACAUGGUCUGCCGAGGCCAAGUUGUGAUGGGUGCCGCCAGGACUUAUAUACUCUUUAAUAAACUACUACGUCCAUCAUGGCACUUAUAUUCCAAGUUGCCAGUCUGUUUCUCAACAUCGGCAAGUACAGUACCUGUACCUUUAGAAAAAAUUCGGAAUAUUGGAAUAUCAGCACACAUUGACUCUGGAAAGACAACCUUGACUGAACGGAUUCUGUACUACACUGGCAGGAUUGACGAGAUGCAUGAGGUUCGUGGAAAGGAUGGCAUUGGUAGAGCUGUAAUGGACAGUAUGGAAGCUAGAGAGCAACGUGGCAUCACAAUUCCAAAGUGCCGAUACUUAUACAUAUGGAAAGAUUCUAACUCAAACAUUAUUGAUACACCAGGUCAUGUUGAUUUCACAGUGGAAGUGGAACGAGCAUUGCGUGUGUUAGAUGGAGCAGUGUUAGUACUUUGUUCAGUGGGUGGUGUUCAGUCACAAACCUUAACAGUUAACAGGCAGAUGAAGAGGUAUAACGUACCUUGUGUGGCAUUCAUCAAUAAAAUAGAUCGAAUGGGAGCCAAUCCUUAUCGUGUAUUGAGUCAGAUGAGGUCUAAACUUCUUCACAAUGCAGCAUUUGUCCAGUUACCAAUUGGCUUGGAAAAUAGCACUAAAGGAAUCAUUGAUUUGGUGGGCCAAAAAGCUCUCUACUUUGAAGGUGAUUUUGGAAAUAUUAUUCGUGAGGAUGAAAUACCGGUUAAUAUGAGAGCAGAGACUGAUGAACGCCGAAUUGAACUUGUUGAAUAUCUCUCCAACGCUGAUGAAGUUAUUGGCGAAUUGUUCCUGGAGGAGAAGACGCCAACAGAGGAAGAGCUUCAUGCUGGUAUUCGGCGGACAUGUCUGCAGCGAACCUUUACACCAGUUUUUGUUGGAACAGCACUGAAAAAUAAAGGAGUUCAGCCACUCCUGGAUGGAGUUCUUAAAUACUUGCCAAAUCCUGGGGAAGUAAAUAAUUUUGCCUUGCAGCAAAAUAGUAAAGGCGAGGAAGAGAAGAUUCUUAUGAAGUCUGCACGAGACAGCAAUCAUCCUUUUGUUGGCUUAGCCUUCAAGUUAGAAGCAGGGAGGUUUGGGCAGCUGACGUAUGUAAGAGUCUAUCAAGGAUGUCUUAAAAAGGGAAACACGAUAUACAACUCGCGUACUGGUAAGAAGGUAAAAAUAUCCAGACUCGUGCAGAUGCAUAGUAGUAACAUGGAAGAUGUUAAUGAAGUCUUCGCUGGUGAUAUUUGUGCAUUGUUUGGCAUUGACUGUGCUUCAGGUGACACCUUUACAACUGAUCAUAAAUUAAACAUCUCAAUGGAAUCUAUGUUUGUACCUGAUCCUGUUAUAUCCAUGGCAAUCAAACCCAAGAAUAAUAAGGAUCUUGAUGCAUUCAGCAAAGCAGUCAAUCGCUUCACAAAAGAGGACCCCACAUACAGGGUGUAUUGGGACAAUGACAAUAAAGAAACAAUUGCUUCUGGCAUGGGAGAGCUUCAUUUGGAAAUCUAUUCACAGCGAAUGGAGCGAGAAUAUGGCUGUCCAGUGGUGAUGGGAAAACCAAAGGUGGCCUUCAGAGAGUCACUAGCAAGUCCAGUUGAGUUUGAUUAUCUUCACAAAAAGCAAUCUGGAGGAGCUGGUCAGUUUGGUCGUGUCAUUGGAGUUCUUGAACCACUACUACCUGAAGAAAAUACAAAGAUUAUCUUCAUGGAUGAGACAGUGGGUACCAACAUUCCCAAAACAUUCAUUCCAGCAAUUGAGAAAGGAUUCAGGGCAAGCUGUGAAAAAGGUUUGCUAUCAGGACACAAGGUAACAGGUGUAAGGUUUCGAGUCCAGGAUGGGGCUAGCCACAUGGUCGACUCCAAUGAAAUCUCAUUCAUUCUUGCUGCACAGGGAGCUAUGAAACAAGCUAUGGUCCCACUGAACAAAAUGUUUGGAUAUGCAACAGAACUACGCUCCUCAACACAGGGAAAAGGAGAAUUUGCAAUGGAAUAUUCCUGUUAUGCACCAGCAAGAGAUGAAGUAAUGGAGGAACUUGUUAAUGAAUUCAGAGGUCCCGCAGAAGCAGAGGCUACAAAGUCAAGAGGCAGAAGAUAGACUUUAAUUAAUAUUAUUUAAGUAUUUUAAAGUUGCAGCCUAAAUUAACUGUAAAAUACAUUAGUAACUUUUUAAUUAAAAUAUUUGUCAGAAUGUUGGAUAGGAGGAAACUUUAGAUAAAAACAGAUCUCAAACUUUACAUUAAUUGUUAUCAGGCAAUAAAUAAUUAGUCAUGAUAAUUAGCAUUAGUAUUGAUUAAAAUUGUGUAAUUAAAAUGUAUAAUACAAUGCCUGCACUUUAAAGGAGGGGUUUAGGAUAUUGGCAGUUUGGAGGGAUAUGUUUAGAAGCAUAUAUAUCUUUAUAAAUGCUUCUAAACUGUUGUAUCUGGGCAUCUCUGCAAAGACACUGAUUAUGUAUGAGUGAGGUAAAAGUGUUGAAUAAUGAUCAAAGUAUUUUCUUUUUUGGGAUUUUCUUUCUUUUUGGGUCACCCUGCCUCAGUGGGAGACGGCUGACUUGUUGAAAAAAAAAACAGUACUGUAUAUGACAACUCUGGGUACAGAUGGGGUUUAAAUGUAUGGCAAGCCAGUCUUAAAACUGGUAGGCCAGUGUGUUAACAUCUGUACACUGAUGACCUAAUAUUUGUCCAACUUGGUUAAUUUCUAUACCCUAGGAAGGAUAGCAUAGGCCUCCACUGUGACUACAAUGCAGUUUUAAAACUGGCUUAUGAUGGGUUCAAAUCCCAUCCAUUCCAAAAGUUACCAGUUAUGUUACUAAGAUUUCUCAAGUAAUUUAAUAACAGCUUUGAAAGGCUCAAGCUGGAGCUUGCUACAGCCAUGUUGGUGUGAGAUUCAUUUGCAUUGUGGUCACAGUGGCAUCCACAAUAACCUUCCUAGGGUAGAGAAAUUUACCCAGUUUGGCAAAUAUAUUAGGACAGCAUGGUACAGUGGUUAGCAUACUGGCUUACCAUAGAUUUGCACCCCUUUGUUUUGGGAGUUGUUUACCGCCAUUUUGAGUUGUAUCAAUUUCACGAGUUAUUCUGUAUAUUGUUUUUAUUGUAUGUGUAAGCAGUAUGUCAACCAGGCUAUGGCAGAUACGUGAGCUAGCAAGCCGCCACCAGCAGCAGCCUGGUUGAUCAGGUAAGCAUGACAAACCUGACCCAGGGCAGGGCUCUGGGAGAAGGAAAACUCUUGAAACACAUCAAAGGUAGAGAAAGGUAGUUUUUUUUUUUUUAACACCGACUGUCUCCCACUGAGGUGGGGUAACCUGAAAAAGAAGAAAUGCUUUCGUAAAGUUUUAAUUUUAA